AUCUACGCGGACCCUGCCAAAAGGCUGGAGCUGUAUUUCCGCCCCAAGGACCCUUACUGCCAUCCCGUAUGUGCUAAUCGCUUCCCCACCUCCACCAUGCUGCUCAAGGUGAAGAGGAGAACCAAGAAGAAGAAGCAGCAGUUGGACACCGAAGAACAAAUCCAGCCAGAAGUCCAGUUUGAAAUGGAAAUUCUUGGGACUGUCACCACCGUUUACAAAUUUCAAGGAAUGUCUGAUUUCCAGUACCUGGCAAUGCACUCUGGUCCUGAUGGCAAACAAACUUCCAUGUAUGACAAAGUCCUAAUGCUUAAACCAGAGAAGGAGGAAUUUUUCAACAGAGAAUUACCUCUCUACAUCCCACCACCAAUUUUCUCACGUCUGGACACUCCCAUUGACUAUUUUUAUCGGCCAGACAUACAGCACCG